GAAAUUCCGGUAUACGAUUUUGCUUUAGUUAAACCGAAUAGGACACGUGGGACGCCUAAUGGAUAAGGCACGAAUCCAACGAAACCAAAUCAUCCCCAAAACUCCCCGUUGCAGACGACGACUCUCAGUGGUGGUUCUAAAAAUGGAGGUGAGUAUGUCUCUGAACGCGUUGGCUCGGCUUCCCCUUAAGAACACGGGAAGACUCGAAGAGGCUGGGUUAGCGAGACACUCUCUGUUCACCUCGAGAACGGCAUGCCGAGAAUCGGUGCAGCGGCGGAUGGUUUUCGUGGUGGAGGCGAAAGGGAAGAAAGGUAUGGCUGCUCGUCAGUAUCAACGCACGCCUCCUCCUAUGCCUAAGAUUGAAGACGAUGGAAACCCUAGAUUCGUUAUCUUCAUUCGUAUGGCCAAUGUGUAUCUUUGGUAUCCUCUAAGUAUAAUAGCCGGCGGUACAACAGCUAAGAUCAUGGUAGCUGCAAAAGAUAACCUCUUGGGGAAGUAUAUCUACAAAGACACCAUUGCAAGAAACAUUGCUGCUGUUAUUUACAAAGAUGAGAAGGAGAUACAAAAGACAGCAAUUAAGCAGCAUCGUGUCUUGCGGACAGCCAAAGAGUUUCGCUAUGGCUACAAACUUGUUGAAAACGGAAACAUGAGAGCUGCACUUAGUACCUCAGAUGUGAUCGAGCUCCCAACCCCGGACCAGCUUAAAACAGUGUUGGACAAAGUGAAAGACUUUUUUGGGGAUGCAAAAGAGUCAUUCGGGAAGAUAUCAUCGCUGAAUCCUGGGACAGAUGGAGAAACCGAAGAAAGCCCGGAUGAGAAAGCCAAGGUCCAAGGCUGAACGAUUGAAACUUGAUGGGCUGAUUCUGAUUUCUGAUGUCUCACUUGAUAUGGGCUGCAGAAGGUCACUGGAUACGACAAGAUGCCCGCUAUUUUGUAGCACAUUUUCUCUAUACAUCUCUCAGAGAAACAUCUUCUCUUAAAUCUCUUGUAACAUAUAACUUAUCGUGUCUGUAGAUUUGUUGAAAGGAAGAGCCGUUGUUUACAACUUGCCGAGUACUGAUGACAUCCGAUUUUCUUAGACAUUGAGCAAGUGAUAAUAGUCGAAUUUUGGAAAGUUCU